AAAAACUAAGAUGGCUCCCAUCUCCUCAUGACAGUUGACAAAUCAAAUUAAAAUUAAAUCAAACUAAACUUCCAAGACAUUAGAUCUGUUUGCAAUGAAAUUUUGUUGCGCCCUUCACAAAAACUAAAAUCCAGAUCCAGCUCUGUUUGUGCCCUGUGUCUGCCUCGCGCUGAUUUUCAAUGCGCACCCACACCUUGACUCUGUUUAUAUCCAACACAUGUACAUUUUAUGCUGCUUUUUUAAAGUAGAACUAGUAUUAAAUUGUUUAUAUUUUUUGUCAUAUUACGUAUGUAUUUGUGUAAGAGUGUGUAGUAGAGUCGAUGAAAUGAAAAUAAUUGACACAUUUUCUGCUUUAGGAUGUUGAUGUUGGUUGGGUUGGUUGGUGGUGGUAUUGGAUUGCUAUGGAUAGUUAGGUAGUUUUUAAUUCUUUAUUUUUACUUCUCAUUCGUAUCUUUUUCUUAUAUUAUCGUUGUUGUUGUUGUUGGGUUUCAAAAAAUAAUAUACGAAAUACGAGAGUUGAGAGAGAUAAGUCGAGUUGAGGUUGAAGUUUUUUUUUUUGUUGUUGUUGUUGCAUUUUUGUCUGGCCAGCCAGAGCAGAGCACAGCACAAGUAGUUCAGUUCAGUUCAAUUUCAGUUCGUGUUAUUCUGUCGUCGUGUUCAAAUCAAACACACACACCACAAACAAUUUCGCGCAAAAGAGGCAAUGCUCGGGAAAAAACAAAAAGUGAAACAUAUGAUUGUGAAGUUUUCUUAUGAAAAACGAGGAAAAACUACAAAGCAAUUCAAUCGUCGCAAAAUGUUUUUGUGCGCUUUAGUUUCUUCAUCAUCCAAUGCCAAUGAUUAUUUUAGUGCAAAUUGUAUUUUAAUUUGAGAUUUAGAAUUUUCAUUUUAAAACAACAACAAUUACAUAAGUAAAGUGAAUUUACUACAUUAAUUUUCAAUUUCAAUGUGUUCUUAAAUUAAGUUCUGUUCGAUUUGACAGAAAAAAAAGUUCUUUUGAACGAUCAACAAAGAGAUCGAAUGGAAAAUUAAAGUUAAUCCAAAAAAAGAAGAAAAGAAAAUAAAGUUCCGUUUGUGUCAAGUGGAGUGAGGGGAAUCUUUUAUUUCUCUUUUUUUUUGUAUGAAUUGUGUCAUACUCACUCGUGAGUGAAAGAAAAUUGUAUCUACCUCCUGUGGUGGGGGUAAGAAGCAAAAAAGCAACAUCGUUGUCGUUUUCGUCAUUGUCGUUAUGGAUUUAUCGUCGUGGUCAACGUGCAGCACCUCAUUAACAUCAACUGCAACUGCAACACCAACAUCAACAACAUCACCAACGCCAUCUGCCAGAAUGAUUCCAACAACAGCUUCGAAUACACCAACCAGCCAAACCACAUCAGCCGUGGUAAUUGGCAUUGGUUCACUCGUCUUGGAAGGACGUGCAUUGUCCGAAGAUGAGUUUGCCAUACCAUUGGGCCUGGCCAAAACACUGGCGGCCAGACGACGAUCACAAGUGGCUGCAAUGACAACGGCAAGUCAGCAUCAGGAUACUCCACGCUCAUCACACGUGGUGAAUAUUACAAUGAAUCCGAAUGCCAUGUCAAUGCCGUUAAUGUCGGCUAGAACAAAUAGCAUGCAGCCAGAUACGAUUCAGCAACGUUGGACACAAAAAAUCUGCCAACUGCGACAAUCAUCGCCAACAGUUAGCCGCGAGAUGGCAUUGGAGGCGGCGGCGAUUGCCGUUGGGGUCGAUGAUGACCAAUCGUCGGAUAUGGAUCGUAGGAUGACACUUGUUUAUCAUCACCGUCCGGUGCCUUCGCCAAUAGCUGAGAAGCUACACACCUUACAGUCACUUGCCACCACAUGCUUGAGGGCAUCACCAGACAAUACACCCAAUUAUGGGUAUACGAUGUUGGCAUCGUCGCCAACGUCGCCUCUAGUGCCAGCUGCCGCUACAACAUCGCCCAAAUAUACGUCAUAUUUCACAUCGCCUCCGCGCUUGGCCAAUCCGUUUGCCUUGAACUCGUCCUCCUCGCCGGCAUCAUCGACAUCGUCUUCGUCGGCAACAAGCAAUAGUUGUUGCAGUGGCGAUGGAAGUCCAAAUGGAUGCAAUAGUAGCAAUAAUAGUGAAUUGCCAUCGUCGAGUUCAAGUACAAAUAAGAAGCAACAAUCUGGAGGAGGAGGAGGAGGAUGUAGUGGAGGAAGCAAUAGUAGCAGCAGUAAUGGUUGUAGCAGUACGAGUCCAAAGCAGGGCCCACAUUGUGAUCAAUUCCUCAGAAAACUGGGCUUGGCCAAGGGCGAAGCCGCCGAUGCUGAGGAUCAUAUCUGUGAUAUAUCAUAUGGUAUUAAAAUUUGCAUACGUUGGCGCACAUAUUGUCAAGAAAUGGAAGCAAUAAUGGCCCGCGGGGAACCAAUUUGUAUAGAAGUUUAUCUAGGACCAGCUACACAAAAGAUUUUGCUGGAACAAUGGAUUAUCGCACAGAAAGAAAGAACACCCGGACCAACAAUGACUCUUCCAUCACUGUGCAGUGCCAUCCGUAGUCAGCUGUAUUUUUCACAAAUCUAUGCCUGGUGCGAUCUAAUUAAAAAAUCCGAUCAAGCCGUAUUUGACACCGGACGUAUACUCUUUCCAUCUAAAGCAGGAAUAAGUGCUGGUAAUGGUAAUGGUAAUGGUAAUGGCGGCUCUUCGUCAUCGCCCUCGGGCGGCCAACGACCACGUCUAAAUAUAUUCUACAGAAUAAAAACAUACGAUUCAACUGCCAGCUUUAAUUCCAAACCGAAUGUGCAUAAUUUCCCAAAUGUUGUCAUCUCAGAGGGAACAUGCUUAUCGGUUUGUGUCAAAAGUCUUCCACGCAUACACAGCGGCAUCCCACGUGUUGGGGAGUGUUCAGCUGCUGCUGUAGCUGCUACCGCACCAGUAGCAGGUAUUGGUGCCUUGUUUAGUGUUACACCCAUUAACAGCAGUAACAAUAGUAACGUUUGUGGUGGUGGUGGCGGCGAAUGUAAUAAUGAAAAAUCAACUAAAGUGGUGCGAAGGGCUUCAAUGAGUCAACUUCCAUCGACUUCAGUUACAUCAACCAAUAGUAUAAGUAGCCAUGAUGAGUCUAUGGACAAAAACAAACACAGCAAUUGUAGUAUGUAUGAUGAAGAUGAAGGAAGCUCAGAUGCCACAUUGUCCCACCGCGAACGUCAACUAAUGAAGUACAAGAAACGAAUGCUCAAGCGCGAUAAAAAGACUUGCAAACCAUUUGGCUCAGAGAAUGGUGGUUGCCAACCAAUGAAGCAAGACUCUUCUCAAGAAUCGACCAAAUAUCAACACAUGCAGCUAGACGAAAAAAUCCAUGGUGUCCAUGUGGACGAGUCGUUUGCUGCUGAUGUGCCCAAUAAUGGCCAACAGCAAACGCUACCCGAAUAUGGUUCCAUAAACUCAAUCCGCCCACCGUUAUAUCGGCCAUCGCCACCGAGCAGUUUAGCCGAAAGCGUUCAAACUCAAAUUGUCGAAAUGAUCUCAACAGGCACCCAAACGGCAAAUUUCUACCAAUCGGCUGCCUACCCCAGCUGUGAUUUGUGUGGCAAUGAAAUGUCCAUUGUGUGUAUGAACUGUGAUGAAAAUUUUGCAGAAAUAACUCCAAUGAAUAAGGCCGAUUUGUUGUUGCAAGCUAUUCAGCGGACUCCGAAAGUGGCACGAAAUCGAAAUAAUAACAAUUCGCCGGCAAUGGUACAUCAGGCGGCACGAAGUAGUAACAUAAGCGAUUGUCAGGUUUGCAAGCGUCAGAAGACGCAACAUCAUUUUCGUGGUGGCAAAGAUGUAGAUAUGGAGGCUCAACACCAAAACAAUAAUAACAAUUGUAGUAAUGGAAACAAAAAUGGAAUCUGUGCCAAUGGAGAUGGUCCUCCAUGCGAUUGUGGAAUGACAGCUUUUCGAAUGGAAGAAGACGGUGGUGAGAACCAACAACUGGGAUGGAAUCCAGUUAAAAACCACAACACUGCCAUCAAGGAGGACACUUCGCCCCCACCACCGAUUUUUAUUUCAAAUUUUGGUAAUGGUGGUGGUGACCAGUCGAUACCACAUUUCAAAACCCCAACCUCACAAGCAACUACUACAAAUGGUGUAGGAGCAAAUUCAGCUCAAUCCAGCGCAAAGCCAAAUCUUCUACAGCUUCUCAAUGGUGGUGGUGGUGAUAGCAAGAAGAUGCGUAACCUGCCAAAGGUUAAUCUAACACAAAUCUUUUGCUCCUCGGCGAAUUCAUCAUCAUCGCCAAUACCUAUUAGCUGCUGUCCAUCAUCGCCAGAAGUCUCAACAUUUACAUUUGAUGUAAAUGGUGGAGGUGCAAUGACGACGACGACGACAAUAAACCUUCCAUCCCCGGAGGCGAGUAUCCGGGUGCAGAAAUCCUAUUCGGCACCAACACUGCCAAAUUCGCCUUCACUAUCGCCGCGAUUUGCUAAACAAGCUGCCUUUUACAAGAGACGAUCGCGUCAUUUGUCCGAUCGUUCGGAUCGAUCGUCAUUGGGUUCGGAUGAACAAUUCUCUGAUGAGGAAUUAGAGGCGGGUGUUUAUAGCCCGGCAUCGUCACCAAUUAAAUUUCGUUCGCGAAUCUCAGCUUUUGGCCGCAGAGCAUUGCUGGGUAAUUUGGAAGAGAGUCUGUUGCAGAGACGUUUUGCGCCAAAGAUGGAAGUUGCUGGAUUCCGAGUGUUGUUGGGUGCAUCGGGUGCAUUUUGUCCCACACAAUUGACAAUACCAGCAGCAGCAUAUUUCUAUGAGCUGCGUGGUGAGGCUUUAAGUACACCUUAUGUGUGCGAAAUACGUUUGUCAAGAAAAGGCUAUUUAAUACCUAGCACUGGAACUGUACAAGCAACACUUUUGAAUCCAAUGGGCACGGUUGUGCGUAUGUUUGUGAUACCUUAUGAUUUUAGAGAUAUGCCACCGUGGCAUCAGACUUUUAUUCGUCAGCGUAUAUUAGCUGAGGAGUCAUCAUCAGUACAGCAGCAGCAGGAUGGCGAAAGACCUAAUGAAGUAUCUGGAUGUAGAGGUGCCGCUAUGUCUAUGAUGUCUCGAAUGCAUGGAGGAAGCAGUUUGGGACACAUGAUUUCUAGCGAAAAUAUGAAACGAUUGAGAUAUUCAAUUCAUUUGAGAUUUCAAACAUCACGCUCUGGCCGAUUAACCCUUCAUACAGAUAUACGUCUAUUGAUCUCACGUCGCACCGAUUGCGAUACGGCAGCGGCCCACGCCAAAGGGGUACUUGAAGCACCCAACGAUCUGACCACCGACACAGUGAUGCCCAAUCACCCGAAAUACAGCGCCCGUCAGGAGAAUCCAAAUAAAAUUUAGUAGUUGCUAAAUUUAAUUAAAAUGCA